UGUAUAUUUAUGAGGCGUUUCUGCAGUGAGGCGGCUGGAUAUUAUUGAUGUCUUGCUGAGGAGGAGGUGGUGGCUUCUGCUCGGUGAAGAAAAAAGGUCCUGAUUUUAGUUUUCCAGAACGCGCCCGCCGCUUGCGCAAGCCGCGUCUCGAUGCAGAGGCUGCGCGCGAGAGGAUGUGCGCGCCUUCCUGAGGGAGACGGAAAAUCGGGUUUAACUUGGGAUUUAACUCGUGUAUCGUGUAAUUUGGGAUGUAUAUGAUUAACCGCGAUUUUCUGAACCGAAUGGAUGCGGGAAUGAUGCCUUUCCAUGUCGGGAUUUCCUUUCUGUGCCUCUUUGCAGCGGUGAUGAUUUCUGUGAUACAUACCAGCUUCUCCCUGCCUCAUUACGGAGACGCCUUGGUAAAGACGAGGGCUCGGCGUGAUGACGCCAGGUUCCUCGGGAGAGAGAACACGGUACCGGUCCGGUUAGUGUACCGAAUGGACGGAGACAGUCAGGCCGCUCAUGAUGUUCUCAACACACGGGUUCGACUGAGCUCUGACAGAAAACAGAACCACAUGGCACAGGCUAGCUUCCAGGUGCAGGCCUUCGGACAGACCUUCAUUUUAGACGUGGAACUGAACCAUGAUCUUCUAUCAUCAAAUUACAUUGAGAGGCACAUAUCAGAGGAGGGGAAUUCAGUUGUCAACAAAGGUGGAGAACACUGUUACUACCAUGGGAAAGUACGUGAUAUCCCGAAGUCAUAUGUUGCACUUUCAACAUGCCAUGGAUUGCAUGGGAUGUUCUUUGAUGGGAACCACACAUACAUGAUCGAACCAGGAGGAGAGAAUACUACAAGUGAGGAGGUUCAUGUGCACAUGAUUUAUCAGUCUCCUGGUUUGGACCCCCCAGAGGACUUCAUUUCUGCAGUUCACCUGGCAGAGUCACCCUUCCAGAACCCUCCACUGUCCAGUGCCGCCCACAGAAGGAAAAAGAGACAGAUAUCACGAAAUCCACGGAGUGUUGCAGAUGAGACCAAAUAUAUAGAGCUGAUGGUCAUAAAUGAUCAUUUGAUGUACAAGAAACAUCGCCUUUCCGUUGGACAGACAAAUAACUACGCCAAAUCUGUUGUGAAUAUGGCUGAUCUGUACUUCAAAGAGCAACUCAACACUAGAAUUGUCUUGGUUGCGAUGGAAACGUGGGCUGCGGACAACAGGUUUAACAUCAACGAUGAUCCUAUGGUGACAUUACGAGAGUUUAUGAAGUACCGAAGAGACUUUAUUAAAGAAAAGUGUGACUCUGUCCACCUUUUCUCGGGCAACCGUUUUCAUAGCAACUGGGGAGGAGCCUCAUACAUGGGCGGAGUCUGUUCACUCACUAAAGGAGGCGGAGUCAAUGAGUAUGGAAAGACUGAAGAAAUGGCUAUAACUCUCGCACAGUCACUGGGACAAAAUAUCGGCAUCUUUUCUGAUAAGAAACGCAUUUUAAAUGGGGAGUGCAAGUGUGAAGAUAAAUGGUCUGGCUGCAUAAUGGAUGAUGUUGGCUUCUACUUACCCAAGCGAUUUUCUGACUGUAAUGUGGAAGAGUAUCAUGAUUUCCUGAACAGUGGAGGUGGUGCGUGUCUCUUCAACAAACCUUCAAAGCUCUUGGAUCCUUCGGAGUGUGGAAAUGGUUUUGUGGAGGCAGGAGAGGAGUGUGACUGUGGAAGCCCAGCCGAGUGUGCUAGAGAAGGAGAGAACUGCUGCAAGAAAUGUAUGUUGACUCAGGGAGCCAAAUGCAGUGAUGGUCUCUGUUGUAAGAACUGCCAGCUGGAGUUUAUGGGUGUACUUUGUCGUGAGGCUGUCAAUGAUUGUGACAUACCAGAAAUGUGCACUGGGAACUCCAGCCAGUGUCCUCCAAACCUGCACAAGAUGGAUGGGUACACAUGUGAGAAAGAUCAAGGAAGAUGCUUCAAUGGCAGGUGCAAAACCAAGGACAGACAAUGCAAAUACCUCUGGGGAGAAAAAGCGACAUCGGCUGAAAAGUUUUGCUAUGAGAAACUCAACAUUGAGGGUACAGAGAAGGGCAACUGUGGACGAGACAGAGACACCUGGAUUCAGUGCAAAAAACAGGAUGUACACUGUGGAUACCUGCUGUGCUCCAACAUUUCUCCUGCACCCAGACUAGGAGAGUUACAGGGAGGUUUGACAUCUUUCUCUGUGGCCCAGCACAGCGCCUCACUGGACUGCAGUGGAGGUCAUGUACUGAUUGAUGGCGACACUGAUUUGGGAUACGUAGAGGACGGAACGGCGUGUGGGACAGAUCGCAUCUGCUUUAACCACAAAUGCCUCCCAGUGCAAGAAUUCAAUUUCAGCACGUGCCCCGGCACCAACGAAAGAGUGAUCUGCUCCGGACAUGGGGUGUGCAGUAAUGAGCUCAGGUGUGUGUGUGACCUGGGCUGGGCAGGUGAGGACUGUAACUCCACCUCUCCUCUGAGUUACCUGCUGGUGCGACCCACAGCCAAAACAUCAGGCAUCGUCACCACUAACAUCAUCAUCGGGGCCAUUGCAGGCUCUAUCCUGGUCCUUGCACUGAUUCUAGGCAUUUCUGCAUGGGGAUACAAGAGCUACAGACAGCGUCAGUAUGUUGAGUCUGACGUACACAGAAGAUUCUGUCGUCAAAUGCCUCCUGGUGAUUACGUGAAGAAGCCUGGAGACGCUGAUUCUCUGUACAGUGACAUGCCGCAGGGCGUGAGCUCAAACUCCGGCAGCAGCUCCAAGAAGAGAUCUAAUGGUCUGUCUCACUCCUGGAGUGAAAGAAUCCCAGAUGCCAAGCACAUCUCUGACGUCUGUGAAAAUGGGCGACCCAGGAGCAACUCAUGGCAAGGAAACAUCACAGGUACCCGUAAGAAGCUCAAGGGAAAGAAGUUCCGUCCUCGCUCCAACUCGACAGAGACACUGUCACCCGCCAAAUCACCCACUUCUUCAACGGGCUCCAUCGCCUCCAGCCGGAGAUACCCUUACCCCAUGCCUCCCCUUCCAGAUGAGGAGAGGAAGGCCAACAGACAGAGUGCCAGGCUGUGGGAAACGUCAAUAUAAAAGAACUCCUCGAAACUGGCCUGCAAAACUCCGUAAGGAUUUCUCUGCUUUUGUAUGAAUGAGAAAACAAAAAAUUAAGAAAAUAAGGAAUUCAAAUGGAGAAACAAGGGAUGAGUGAAUGGAAGAGCUGGGCAUGGUCUCCUCCGAUCUCUGUUUAGCAUUUGUGGCAUGGAGCCGUCUUACCCUGGACGUUAAGGAGCGCGGUAUCAGAAUCCCAUUCCUGCUGUCAUUCAUAAACAGGACUCAGGAACACGAUUUCAUCACAAGACAAACCCGGAAUGACAGCAGAUACAGAGACAACAGCAGCCACUCGUGCCCUCGUUAAACCCCGCCCCCAAACACAUGCUGUCUUGUGAUUGGUGCCCUUGAUGCCCGGGUGCAAGAAGCUCAUGCAGGAGCAGGAAGUUAACUAUUGUUUUGAACGCACGCUGUCACUGUAGAACCUACUGCUGUAUGCAUGAGAAAACAUGUUUAUCGAUUCCUUGUAGUGUAACGAUGUACAAAUGUUUUAAGAUCUUUCACUCAAGGGUGCCGCAUGUAUUGAAGGACAGCUUCGUAGGCUGGUAAGAUUCAAUCCCAUGUCCACUUCACCAGAACAUCAUCCGGUUCCGUUCAUACAGUCAUAUCUUCUCAGAGAAUUUUGUACAUAUGUCAAAUAAUUCAGAGUGAAAUGUGAGAGUGUAGUAUUUUUCGGUUUUGACGUUUGGUUGUGGAGAGCGUGGUGGAACUUUUUUUCUGCUUUAAAGUGUCUGUCCUGUGAUCGUCUCCCUCAAUUUACAGAAUUUGUUUCAAGCCUAGCGCACGCUACACAGAAGCACCAUUUCAUGAAUUAUGCGUCAGAUCGUAGCAGCGCAUAGCAAUCAACGAUACUUUUGUAAUGAGCACAUUUCUGCUUCAGAUUGAGUAAAGAUGCUAAGAUCAAUUUUAAAGUCGUGGCUGAAGUGGAAAUAUCCACAGAUGGGUUUUCCCCUACAUUGUGAUGUAACCAAUUAUCGAAAAAAACAAAACAAAAAAACUGUAGGACAGCAGGGACUUGGUUCCAUUUGUUGGUAGGUGAUUGGAUGGAGGUAGAUCUGAUGUAGAGCCAAUGGGCGGAGCAUGGCGUCUGUCUCCCCCUCUCUGGAUGUAAUGGGUGGAGCUUUAAGGUCCAACCACACCCUAAUCCUAACCAUAACCCUAUCUCUAAACACAACUAGGUCAAGCUCCACCCAAUUGUUGGAAAGGGGCGGGGUUUUAAGCAGACUAAAUGAUAGGAGAAGUCCAACAUACAUCACCCUAGAGAAGUCUAGUUUUUAAUGGAAGAACACGUUUUUAUUUAAAGGGUUACUCCACCACAAAAUGAAAAUUUUGUCAUUAAUCACUUACCCCCAUGUCGUUCCAAACCCAUAAAAGCUUCGUUCGUCUUCGGAACACAAUUUAAGAUAUUCUGGAUGAAAACCGGGAGGCUUGUGACUGUCCCAUUGACUGCCAAACAAUUUGCACUGUCAAGGCCCAGAAAAGUAUGAAAGACAUCGUCAGAAUAGUCCUUCUGCCAUCAGUGGUUCAACCGUAACGUUAUGAAGCGACGAGAAUACUUUUUGUACACAAAGAAAACAAAAGUAAUGACUUUAUUCAACGAUUCGUCUCCUCUGCGUCACCGUAGCACCAUUUUGGAGAGUAUCCGCUGGACGCAAACUUGCUUUUCUGUUCUGUGUCAGCCGCGCCACACAUUGCUUUUUAUCUACAAUCUUGACUUUUUCGUUUUUUUUCUCAGAAUUGUGAUAUAAACUCUGAAUUCAGGCUUGUUUUCUUGUAAUUCUGAGUUUAUAUCUUGCAAUCCCGUGUUUAUAUCUUGCAAGUGUGACUUUUUUUUCUCAGAACUGUGAUGAAGUCAGAAUUGUGAGAUGUCAACUCAGAAUUGUGCUAAAAAGUUGCAAUCACUUUUGUUUUACUUUUUGUUUUAGUUGCAAUUUAACUUUUUUCUUGAUCUUGAUUAAACAUUAUGAGGCCAAAAAAUGAAAUAUGCUUGGACGAAUUUUUCCACAAUAAGAUUACAUUAAGAUAAUGAAUUUUACGUUUCAUGACCACUUCAGAAAUCUGUGGUAGUGUCUGCGUAAGUUUCUAACUGAUACACAUAGUCGAUUAGUUAAAGUGCUACUAUAACGACAGGAGAGAAAAUGAAUUGAGCUUCUGAAUCGUAACGUGCACGAGGUCUUAGUUCUCUGUUGGAGUUUUUCCCUCAUGCUCACAGCCUAAUGUAAUUCUUUCAUUUCCUUAUCAUCAUCAUCUCACAUUAUUUUUUAAUUCUCUCGUAAGCGUAAGGAAUGUGAUUUUAGCUGAUUGUUUCAGGUUCUUGGCUUUUUUGUGAUACAUGCUGCAUUCAUGAAAACAACAAGAACAGAUUUGUGUAUCGUUUAUCCACCUUAUUUUUAGCGCCAAUAUUUAAUCAGCAUUAAUAUGCGAGGUUUCCGGUGUGUCAGCCCCUUCCGGUUAUUUUAACUAAACAAAACAGUCUUGUUAUGAUGCAUAAUACUGCAAACUUUCAUUUAUUAUAGUAAUCAUAAAUACUGGUCUGUAGCACAAAUAGUUUGACAGUUCUUUGCAUUUUGCUAUUCAUCUGCGGCUAAUGAAUCAGAAGUCUGGCACAUUCACAAAAAAUAGCUUGCGUUGAUUUUUUUUCUUUCAGAUUUAAAUGUUUAAUGUAUUUUUCCUUUGAAAAAUAAGGCGGAUAAAAUGAACAUGAACGGUAAGAAUUGAUAUGGAAUUCAGAAUCACAGAGAGAAUAAUAGCUGUCAUGGUUUACACGAGAGACUAAAACCCUGGAGAUGUGUGAAUGUAAUACUAAACAUAUUUCCUUGAUAAAUUAUGAGGUUUAGGGAGGAAUACAUGUUGAGAUUUUUUAAAACACAUUGUCCCUGAAUAACAUGUACUGUAUGUAGACUUGCUGUUAUGAACCCAUAAUCACAGUUUUCUGAUUUUGGUAGACGUUUGUUUACAGCAUGACUCUCUUCACGCUACAGUAUCCCUCUGGUCACGUGACCAUCCGGCCUUGAUAGAUUGCCUACUUCUGGUCAGUAUUGUAUUAGUAAUGGCAGUUUUCAUCUGUACAUAAUCUGCUGUGCGAUUGACCUGUCGGCACUGAUUUUUGCACUCUGCCUGUAAUCCACAAAUACCGUCCCGCAACAUCGCCAUGAUGCAUAUGAGGUAUUUUUAAGGUAACUUUGUAAAGUCUUUCCCUCCUCCCCAGUAUUACUAUUUGUACAUAUUUAACCCCAAUGACAAUUAAGUGCUUUAGAACGAUUAAUACCGCAAUAGGUUUUUGUGCAAACUGAGGUUUUUAUUUCAUUAACCGGUCGCCUUUGUACAUCACGUGGGACACUUGCCCUGUUUCUGUGUUUGUAUUUGCAGUUUAAACACAUCAGGAGACUGAACUCACACCAAGAACAUGAACAGUAACUCAGUAUAGUUUCUUUUCGUUGAUAAUAACUGACC